AUGAAGCUGCCGCGGUGGGACGUGGGCGCCGCCGCCGGGGCCGAGAGCGCGCACGCCGACGCGCAGCAGCUCACGCCGCCCGCCACGCCCGGCGCGGACGAUCGGGCGGCGACCGGCUCCCGCAGGCGGCCGGCCGGGGGCGGCGGCGAGGGUGACGGGGGCGCGUUCGUGUGCCGGACGUGCAGCCGGCGGUUCCCGACAUUCCAGGCGCUGGGCGGGCACCGGACGGGCCACACCCGGCUGCAGGCGCGCCAGCAGCGGCCGGUUACUCGCAAGCCUCGGCCGCACCACGAGUGCGCCGUCUGCGGGCUCGAGUUCUCCAUGGGCCAGGCGCUCGGCGGCCACAUGCGCCGCCACAAGCAGGUUGAGCCACAGGCGCACGUGGAGGAGGCGCUGGGCGCAGUGCACAUGCGCCGGCACAAGGAGGCCGGCACGCAGGUGCCUGUGGAGGAGGAGGUGGCGCUGGGCGGGCACAAGCAGGCCGGCGCACAGCCGCCUCAGGCGCGUGCGGAGGAGGAGGAGGCGCCAGGCGGGCACAUGCGCUGGCACGAGCAGGCCGAGGCACAGGCGCCGCGCGUGCAGGAUGAGCACCACCAGCAGGAGGAGGAGGCGCUGGACUUGAACUGCCCGCCGCCGCUGGAGGAUCAUCGUGGCGGCGACGACCGAGGAGACUGUUCCGCCGCAUCGUCCGACCCUCCUCUGCUCAACCUCCUCGUGUAG